GAUGGAAGAAAAUGUUGUGGAUGAAAAUUAUUGAUAUUGAACCAAUAAAGCUUAAUGCAUAACGAUGUUUUAUUUCAGCUGUUAUUAUUUUCUAGAAACAAAGCAAAAAUGUUAAAAUGUUGAAAAAUCAAUCACUACUUCAAAACUACAACCGCUGGAAGAAAAUGUUGUGCAUGAAAAUGGUUGAUUCUUAUUUCAUAACAAAGUUUUAUAUCAGUUGUUACCAUUUUCCAGAAAUAAAGCGAAAACUUUAAAAAUGUUAAAAUGUUGAAAAAUCAAUCAUUACUUCAAAACUAGAACCGAUGGAAGAAAAUAUUCUGUGCGAAAAUUGUUAAUAUUGAACCAAUCAAGAAUAAUAUAACAGUAAAUAUAACAAUAAUUCUUUAAAUCACAAACACAGUCUUUAUUUUGAAAGAAAGAAAAAAAUAAAAUGCUUAAAAAUAAUUUAGGUCGCAAAUAAAUGUGUAUAUAUACUGUACAUAUAUAUAUACAGAUUUUCCGUCUAUAUUUUCCCGGAAACCCUAGGAAAACGGCCGCGGGCUUUCAGGUGAAAAAAAUAUCGAGUGCAUAAACGGUUGUAGAGCUUCGAUACGGGGCGUUAAAACACAAUUGUAAACCGUCAGAAAUGUUCAAACACCUCGCCGAGUUCGUUGUUUGUUGUAUCGCGUUAAAAAAAAUUUAUAAACCACCAAAAAACCAUUUAAUUUAAUUUAUUUUUCGAUCUUGUUCGAAUGGAUUUAAAAUCUUCGGGUUUAGAAGACGUUGUCGAUACGACCGCGCAAGAGAUGGCGCUCGGUUCGAGUUUCCCCAUGGACUACGACCGGAAAUAUGCUGAACCUUACGAUCAAGAGUUCGACGUCCAGUUUCAAAACGGCGACGAAAGCGCCGCUCCCGGCACCAGCGGCGUCAAAAGAAAACAACGCAGAUAUAGAACGACAUUUUCAAACUAUCAAUUAGAAGAGCUAGAGCGAGCUUUUAAUAAGACGCAUUACCCCGAUGUAUUUUUCCGCGAGGAAUUAGCGCUUAGAAUCGAUUUAACCGAGGCUCGAGUUCAAGUUUGGUUCCAAAAUCGGCGCGCUAAAUGGAGAAAACAAGAAAAGGUUAUUCAUAAAACAACGACGGGAAAUGGAUCAACCGGAAUUCACUCUAUAUCAUUAUCGGGUUGUGGUUCAAGUUUAGAUAAUUCGCUUUUAAAUUUCGCGCCAACGAUCGAUCAAAAUACUUCUUCAAACUUAUUUUUAGGGUUGGAAUGGCCGCCGAUGAAUACCAUUAACUUUCAAAACGCUAUUUCGCCCCUAGAAAAUGAUUGUGCCAGCGGAGGGAUGGUUAACGAGGGCCUUAACAACGAUCGGGUUAAUAACGAAAAUUCUAUUUUAAUAGCUGAUCACCGGAUAUCAAAUUCGAUACAAAACGUCGGUUUGAUGGGGGAUCAUAUUUUAUUAAGCGAUGAUAUAACGGAUCGAUUAACGAGUAGUUUGAAUUUAAUCCAAGAUGAUAUCACGAUCGAUCCUGAAUUGUUAACCCUUAAACCGAAAUGUUUAGAUAAUACCGGAGAUGAAUAACUUAAUUAAAAUUAAAUUAAUUUGAAUUAAA